AUAAGAAGUGGUUAUGUAACAUGGUUUUGUUGUUGUUUCGCCCAUAAAUUCAUCCGAAUUAUGAAAUAAUGCGUCAUUUUACAUCCGUUUCCCGGAUUUUACUUGGAAUGACAAGUACUGCUCUAUGGUUUCAGAACAUCAACGUUAUUAGCUUAUCUCGUCAAAAAGUUUGUUCAAAUUUUCCAAAUAUAGUACGAACUAUGACUGAAAAAACAACAGUUUCAAGCAUUCAUGCAGCUCAUAUACAUGAAAUUCACGAUGUUCCUUUUAAUGUAUUAAUAAGAUCUUUUCCUUCCGAAUUAGAUGAAGAUAAAGUUUUGAGCUUAAUGGAAACAUUAAAGAAUCCUGAAUCACGAGAAAAUGUGCCACCAGUCGAUGUCCUGUGGAUAACAGGGAGAGAAGGCGGAAACUAUUACUAUUCUUUUGGUGGAUGUCAUCGCUACGAGGCUCAUAAAAGACUUGGUCUUCCAACAAUUAGGUGCAAACUAGUUAAAUCUACAAUAAAUGAUUUGAGACACUACCUAGGGGGAUCUACUCCUGACUUAAAAUGAAUAAUUUUAUUAUUAUUUAUGUAUUGAAAGAGAUAUAUAUUAUGAAAAUUUUUAGAAGUUUUAAUAGAGUGGAUGAUAAAUACACAAGAUUCGAAUCAUUUUGAAUACAUUUGUUUAAACUUUUUAAAAAAUUAUGAAUUUUUUUUUCAGUGUCUAAAACUGUUUUGGAUUUUGGAAAAAGAUUGUUUCCAUACAGCUUUCUGUGAUUAAAAGUUAGCUCAUGAACUUUAACAGAUAAAGCGUUACAAAUAGGGUAUGUCGGGUCAUCAACAUUUCUCCAGAACAAAGUUUCCUUGGUUUGAUAUUUUCCAUAAAAUUAUAAUAGAAGAGUAAUUUUUUAUUAAAUUUUUUUUUGGGGAGGAGGGGGGAAGCAACACAAUAUUUUCAUACAAUAAAAAAAUUUUUAGCAAUUUUCUUUUCAAUUAGAAACCUAAUUUCCUCAGUGAAUUUUUUUUUUUCUAAAAUUUUAUCAAAAAUUUCCCCAGGGCUGUCUGAAUUUUCCCCUAACUUUGUUUGUGAACAUAUUCUGCAGCACUGUGGUCAUCUAAACUAGUGCCUUGACUGGAGACAUAAAUAAACAAAAGAAAACUUUAUGAAUGAAGGUGAUCUGGUCACUUUUAGUUGAAUUUAAAAGGCCGGUGAAUAUGAAGUAUAUUUUUAAAUGCAUUAAGGAUAUUGACUUUUUUCUAUUGGAAUAGUUUAGUUAAUAAAGUUUUAGUUUAUAACAACUCUUAAAACAAUGCAAGUUUGUUUUAUUUGAAAGAUAUUAACUAAAGCAAGGUUUGUACAGUUCUUAAAAGUUAUAUAAAGUGUUAGUAAAACUAAUUAAAGAUGUAUAUUUUAACAUCAAUUAAAUAUUUCUAAAUUAAAAUAUAUCAAUUUGAAAAAUCUAAUAG